AUGUCUGCAGAUAAGAAAUUAGAUAAGUCCUUCAAAAAGAUGAAAGUUGUUAUUUUAUCUGUAGGAGUCAACCAGCCAUUCACUUUCAUAUUCAUUACCAUAGUGGACAAAUCUGUUAAAGAUUUUAAGAAGGAUACUGCAUUUGCUGGAGACAUGACUGCUAAAAAAGCAAAAAUGCCAGCAGACAUGAAAAAAAAUCAUUAUAAGAAAUACAAGUAUAGCACAUCCAUAAUUCAAUUAGAGAUGAUAGAAGAUCUCUAUAAACAUAUGCUGAAUUCUAGAGUUGAGAUUUCUUUCAAGAAGUUAGAUAUAAAAAGCCCAAAAAUCUGUAACAAGCUGAAAGAGACUUUCAUCAACUGA